GCACUCCAAGCGAUCUGCCAUAGCCCAACACUCGGACUGCUAGCAAUGUACAAUACGCACCACCCGGGACAUAGUGAACGAUAGACUAAUUCCAGACCAGGCAAUUAGAGUUUCCUGCACGCAGAACAGGGGUUUCGGAAGGGUCGCAGAACACUCAAGGGCGGACUAGACAUACACUGCACCCUGCGAGACGGUCUCCAUUUUCCCGUACUCCGAUUCCCUCUCCCACUUCCCGUUGCUUCCUGCUUCCUGCCUCGCGCUUUUUGCGACCCACUGCUCGUUGCAACCGGCCAUCCGCUUCCCACUUCCCGGGUCCCACUGGCUGCUCCCUCUCGCUGCCCUUCAUCUCCUGCAACCGACACCCCCCGUUCCUCGUGCUCUGCUGCCCAUCCUCUCCAUCCUCUCGUUCCGCCCAUCCCUCACACACUUUUCUCCCUUCUUUCUCCCGCUAUGCCUAUCCCUCUGGCCCUCUCUCCUCCUAUCCCUCACACUCAAUUUCUUGCAGCAUGGUGCUUUGUGAGGUACCUAGGGGUGGCGGUGGAGGAUGUACCAAGGGUUGAUGCAAGGCAUCUCAGUGUGGCACCCUCACUCGCAUAUACCAGUGGCUCAGUAUCUCAAACACUAUAGCCGUCCUUAGUAGUGGCAUGUUCUACUGUAAAGUAAUGCAAUAUAACUCGUGGCAAUUGUGCAAACAUCUCACAUACUGAGAAAGACUAUGGAUCCAACCCCUCGGGUGUCAAUAACCCAUUCCAAGUGUU